GCUGUUGCGCUGGCUAAACAUCUUUUCAGUGUGCGCGCAUUUCAAGUCUUCAGUUUCUCAGCGGCUUUGCUAGCGUACAAGUCGUUGCUUUUUAGCCGUAAAUCCGUUUUAGCCGUUGCCGUUGCCGUUUUAGCCGUUGCCGGUUGAGAACCCGAAGGCGAUUUACACGUUGACAACAUGAACGGACCCAAACACAAACUCUGCACAAAAUUAUCCAGCACAUAUCUGCGCAAAUGGUGGAUCACAAUUGCAAUUGGUGCAGUGCUGAUAAUUGGAGGCGUUUUGGUGGCCUGCCAAUUCACGGCGUUGAUCAAUGUCGUCGUUGAUCGGAUGAUAGCGCUACGUGUGGGAACCAAGACCUUUGGAUGGUGGGCCAAGCCUCCAGUGGAGCCCCGCAUCAGUUUGUAUGUGUACAAUGUGACAAACGCCGACGAUUUUCUAAGCAACGGGUCCAAGGCCAUUGUUGAUGAGGUGGGACCCUAUAUUUACAGCGAGACAUGGGAAAAGGUGAACAUUGUGGAGAAUGACAAUGGAACGCUGAGCUAUAAUCUGCGCAAGAUUUACAAGUUCCGUGAAGAUCUGUCCGUUGGACCCGAAGACGAUGUGGUUAUUGUGCCCAACAUUCCCAUGCUGAGUGCCACCUCACAGAGUAAACAUGCAGCCAGAUUCCUCCGCUUGGCAAUGGCAAGUAUCAUGGAUAUAUUGAAGAUCAAGCCAUUUGUGCAAGUCUCAGUGGGCCAAUUGCUGUGGGGCUAUGAGGAUCCAUUGCUGAAACUGGCCAAGGAUGUGGUGCCCAAGGAACAGAAGUUGCCCUAUGAGGAGUUCGGUCUUCUCUAUGGCAAGAAUGGCACCUCAUCGGAUCGUGUGACGGUCUUCACGGGCGUCGACGAUAUCAAGCAGUAUGGCAUCAUUGAUAGGUUCAAUGGACGGACACAUUUGCCGCAUUGGACCUCGGAUAACUGCAAUCGUCUUGAUGGUACCGAUGGCUCCAUAUUCCCGCCCCACAUCGAGAAGAGCCGCAUCCUGGAGGUCUACGACAAAGAUCUGUGCCGUCUGCUGCCCUUGGUGUUCGAGAAGGAGGUGAUGACCACUAACGAAGUGCCCGGCUAUCGGUUUACCCCACCCGAGUGGGUUUUCGCCGAUGUCGAUAGCCAUCCCGACAACAUGUGCUAUUGUCCAGCCGGCAAGCCAUCCUGUUCCCCGAAUGGACUCUUCAAUGUGUCGCUCUGUCAAUACGACUCACCCAUUAUGCUGAGCUUCCCACAUUUCUAUCUGGCCGACGAUAGUUUGAGGACUCAAGUUGAAGGCAUUUCUCCACCAACAAAGGAGAAGCAUCAGUUCUUCUUCGAUGUGCAGCCUAAAAUGGGCACCACAUUGAGUGUGCGAGCUCGAAUUCAAAUCAAUCUGGCGGUCAGUCAGGUGUUUGAUAUCAAGCAGGUGGCCAACUUCCCAGACAUCAUCUUCCCCAUUUUGUGGUUCGAGGAGGGCAUCGAUAAUCUGCCCGACGAAGUCACGAAUCUGAUGAGAUUCGCUGAAACAAUUCCGCCCAAAAUCCGUGUCGGUCUCAUUGUGGGACUCAGUGUUCUGGGCGUGGCAUUGUUGGUCCUCUCCACCUUCUGUUUGAUCCGCAACUCGCACAGGCAGAGCACACUGCAUCUGGAGGCCUCGAAUUAUCUGGCCACCGCUCAGGUGGACAUGAACAAGAAACAGAACAAGGAUAACACUCCAAGCAAUCCACGAUAUUGAUCUGAGAUCGGCGAUCUGCAGCUCUCCUUGGUUUAUUGUCUCUUAGGGCCUUAGGGCACUUUUAGUUUUAAAUACAAAAUUUAUGCUAGUUACGCAAAUGCGGAUACGAGUGCGGAUGCGGAUGUGGUUGCGAAUGAGUUGUAAUCUAGAACAAUAUGGAGCUGGGAAGACUUAUAUGUACACGUGUAUGUACUUAUUGUAUAUUGUAUAUGUUUUGGUAGAAACUCGUUAUUAAGUACUUAACUUUAAUCAUUACUGAGCUUUCAAAGUGCAUUAGCCUAUAGUCUGUCCAACGGUCGUGAUCGCUAUAAGUCUCAAGAAAAGAAAACACAAAAACCCAUUAAUAACUUGGCCAAAAUCUUAACAAACACAAAAACGAGAAUGAAAACAAAUUGUGCGAUAUUCCAAAUAAGUCACAAAAGUUCUACCUGAAGUUCCGUCCCCGCAUUUCAAUGUGCUUGAUUAGACCUAAAAAAUGGAUUAUUUACGAAUACGGACUGGCGAACUUCCCGAACUAAAAUCAAUCAAUCAAUAAUAUAAUAUAAUAUCAAAUAUAUAUUAAGAAUAUAUAUGUAAAACUAAUGUAUAUCGUAUCUAUAUCUGUAUAAUGUAUAUGACUUUAAUGUGUACAAUAAAUUACGCUAUUAUUUUAAUUAGGCACAUAAAAA